AUGAAUAAACUUCAGAGCAGGAAUCGUUCAGCUCGUAAGAAUCAGUAUUUUAAUGACAUCCCGACUUUGUCAAAGUGAUAUGCCAGUAAGCAUUUCAAUAGAGAAUUAAUAGACAACAAUUCACCAUACGAAAGGGAAAAAGUCAAGAGAAGUCAUAACAUAAGUACUUCUAUCAGUAGGAGCCCAUUAAGCCCUCUGACUCGCACUCAGUACAACUCAGAGCGAGAGCAGAAGAAGUCUAUGGUAAAGAACGAAAGUGAGAUAUUUGGGGAGAAAUCCUUAGAAAUCCAUCAGCAUAAAUAAAACUUCCGAAGAUGGGAUUCAAAAGUUGGAAAACAGAAUCCAGAAGCUAAUCAGGGAGGAACAAAAAAUUCGAAGCAAAAUGGAGCAAACCAGGAAGCUAGGAGUCAAGCUUGCUGAUGUAAUGGAUUUCAAAAUGUUGCAUAAGAAGCAGAAGAUACAGAAUCAGAAUAAGAAGGAGAAGUUACUCCAAUCAAACCGUCGAAGGAUUUCGAACCUACGUAAGCAGAUUUCUAAGAACAUCGAGAGUCAGAAGAAGAAAGUGUGGCUGCAAAAGAAAUUUGAUAAGGUCCAGAUAGAUCGGACUUUCGAGCAGAAAUAAGCUCGAAAGAGAACUGUCCAAUGCAUUUGACUCCUCACGAAGGAAUGUUUCCUUAAUAAAAAGCCAGAAGCGGAGAAGAAACUCUAUCAGGAAUCACGAAGUGAAGAUGCAGAGAACGCUUGCUCGUAAUCGCUACCUUGGCAGAAUGAAGCGAGAAGAGCGAGAGGCUAAUAAGAACUAUGAAAGAAUGAAGAGCCUAGAAAAACUCGAGGAGCAGGCUAUCUCUAACCUCAAAAACACAACUCUUCAGCACGAGUUCGUUCAGAACAAGUUCAGGUUUGCUUUCUGCACCUCUACGAACACUUUGCUUAACUUUGGGGCUAGUAGUCACAAGAGUUUCAAAGAUUUAGAGGCGUUUGGGCAAGAGAAUACCUCUGCACAGAACCAAGCGAUAUCCACUAAACCUCCCAACCAGCCUCUUACCCAAAAAGCCAACGAUCCUGACAGAGAACCCACUAAGCCAACACAAAGGCCGGAUAUUGACAAGGACCUUCAAACAAAGAUGAAUGGGGAAUGGAAGCCAGUGGCUUUAAACCUGACCUCGCAUGAACCCCCUAAGACAGAUAAAAAAGAGUGGAACUUUUAAUCAAUAUUUCUGAG